UAUUCACAAGUAGAAUGCUGUGGAAUGAUUAUGCCGCACUGCUUCCGUUCUUGAGCCACGAAUUGGUGUACUCUAUUUUUGUUGACUGUCAAUCAACUAGCCAACACGCUGGGCUCCUUGCCUUGGCCAUAGCUGUGGCCGUAGUCAAGCUUGGGGCAACCUAGCCUCCGAGCCCGCAAAAACACAGCCUUCGAGAUCGAAAUACAUGUUACUGAUAAGCAGCCGUCGCUGCAGCGUUGAAUUACACGCGACGCAUAUUAUAAAACGUAUAAUAUAUCAAAUAAAUAUUUUUUUCAUAAAUUUUUAAGUAUCAGGUUUGCCAACAAAAUUUACUUUUGCCUUCACCAAAUUUGACGAAAUCGGAGAUAUAGCAAGCAACCAUGACAGCUUGCUUUUGUUUAUGAGUGGUUAUAAAUGGAGGGCGCAACAUACGAAAUGCACGUGCGUGGUUAUUUUUGUGAAGGUAUGUCCCACAUUUUGAUAAAGUGGGUGGCGGAGGAAAAAUGGGAUGUGUAUCCCGUCCGCGCACUCGCCGACACGAAUGUCGGUUAUAGGCUUGUGGCCCAGGAGGGCGCCAUAAAAAAGUUGCGGGGCAGCAUCCAGGACGUCUUUUGGGAGGAAGGCCAACCAGCGGCCCCGGCGAUCCUUCUCAACAGCGGGAGCCCGCAAGCCCUUGAAAAAAAGAGGUCGCGGCUUGUCGCUGGUGCGGGCGCAAGCAUUUCAACGGCAGAAGGGAAUGGGGCUUGCAGCGAAUGUGGGAUGCAAGUGCACCAGCUGAAAGAGGAAAAUGAAGCCUUGAAGGCUGAAAUCCAAAGCCUGAAGAGGCUUCAGGAGGAGCACAGCUAUCUUACUGAAGCUGGCAAGAUGGUGAAGAGGCUGAAGAGGAUCCUCAACAAUGUUGAGAAGAAGCAAGACGAUCCCGUAAUUGCUUGCACAAAGGUUGACAUAGGAGGCGGGACGCUAAUUGACAAGAGUGUGCUGGAGCAGCUCAGCCGGGCCUGUGACAGUGGCAGUGGCCCUGGCAAAUUUGCCAGGGCACUUUUGCGCCACAUCUUCACUGACGCUGAGCUCCGCGGCAAGUCUCUCUUUGGGGGCAAGGGCUGUCAUCGGGGCGAGGCUGUUCAGAAGGAGGCCCUUGACACUGUACGUGUUGAGGCUGUGAUAGGAUACACCUGCUCAAAGUUUCCUGGGGCCAGUGUGCCAUACAUCAAAAAUAGCCUUUCCUCGCUUCUUUCGCGAGAAAUAAAAUAAGUAAAAGCCUACCUUUUCUUACGCUGUCUUGUUUGUUACUGUUGGCUGCACUUCAUAUUGAGCCUCAGUAAGCAUUAUCUUAUUACAUUAAGUCAUUACAUUGAGAACUAAAUGCAAUAACAACUUCAUAAAGAUACAGUGCGACACAAUGAACAGCAAAAAAAUGCAAUGAAGACCCCAUGAAAAAACAAUACAAUGAAAAUCCAAUGAAGACCCCGUAGAAAAACAACACAACAAUAAUACAAUAGAUUUACAACAGAAUCACGGUGGCCACUUUUCCAUGACUGUACAACAAAUCCUCCAUGAAACAUCAAUGGAACUUCUACAAUUUUUCUGUUGUUGGUGCCAUGAAAUAUCAAUGGAAAUUCGAUGGUUUUCCA